AUGACUGGUGGCCUUUCUCAAGAGCAGUACUGUUUUCCAGGCUACAAUGCCUCGUGUGUUCGGACACAGUUCAGUGUUGGGAUCAAAUUUGCCCUUUCUUUGUUGUUUGCUUUAGGCAUACUGGUUACCAUUUUAGGAAACUCUGUUGUGAUUGUGUCAAUAUGUCAUUUCAAGCAGUUGCAUAAUCCUACUAACCUCCUUAUUUUAUCUCUUGCUCUUGCUGAUUUUCUUGUGGGUGUUAUUGUGAUGCCUUUCAGUGCUGACCGGACAAUUAAUGGCUGUUGGUUCUAUGGUGAAGCCUUCUGUUUGCUACACUCCUGUUUGGAUAUGUCACUAACUACUGUCUCUAUUUUUCACCUAAUUUGUAUUGCUGUAGACAGACAACAGGCAAUAUGCAAUCCUCUGCAUUAUUAUAGGAAAAUCACAAUGUCAGUGGCCUGGAUUAUGAUAUGUGGCAGCUGGGCACUGGCUGCUCUGUUCUCCUAUGGACUACUUUAUUCAAAGGCCAACAUUGUAGGGUUAGAGGAUUAUAUAUUAUCAAUAAACUGCCUUGGCAGUUGUUAUCUUCUCUUUAACCCUCUUUGGGGGAUUGUGGACAGCAUAACUUGCUUUUUCUUUCCCUGCACUGUAAUGGUUUGUCUGUAUGCUAAAAUAUUUAUUACUGCCAGAGAGCAUGUAAGAAAGAUUGGAGAUAUGAACUGUUCAAAUGACAGAGAAAGAGGUGGUUUGAUCAAACAGUCAGAGCACAAGGCAGCAAAGACUCUCGGUAUUGUUCUUGGUGCGUACAUCGUUUGUUGGAUGCCUUUUUUUAUAAAUUCAAUAAUUGAUGCCUUCACUGGCUUCAUCACACCUGCUGCUAUCUUUGAAUCAUUUGUCUGGUUGGGUUAUUUCAAUUCAACAUUAAACCCAAUUAUUUAUGCCUUUUUCUAUCCUUGGUUUAAGAAAUGCUUUUAUCUUAUUGUGAACCUGAAAAUAUUUCAACCCAAAUCUUCUACUAUAAAGGUGCAUGUUCUCACACAUUCAUGA